GAAAGUAAUGAGGUGAAACAAAACUGAAAUUUCGACAAGAGGAAAGCUACGUCGAGAAAUGUUGCGUUAGCUUGGCUGGAGCAAGGCUGACUGGUUUAGCGGAUCAUCAUCAGCCCAACGACAUGCUUGUUUUUGUGGUUUUUCAAGUCUUGUUCACCCUGGGCGCGUCAUUCGAUAUUUUUGACGAAAACUGCUUAAUUUCGACCAAUUUAUUGAGAAGGCGACAUGGUGUUCCAGACCUCACUUGGUCAGAAGCUCUCGCAGCUGAUGCUCGCACAUGGGCAACUUUCUUGGCUGAAAGUGACACUUUCGAACACGAUUAUAGCAGUAUGCAAGACAAACACCAAGGAGAAAAUUUGGCUUUCUUCAAGCCGUACAAGGCGAAGUGUCAAGGACCCAAGAGGGACGACUGCGUUCAGUGUCGAGAGAUUGUUGACGGCUGGUACGAUGAGGUCAAAAAUUAUGACUUUGGAAUGGGAAAACCCAAAACGCCCGGGGGCGUGGUAAUGCAUUUUACACAGGCAAUAUGGAAAAACUCCCGUCAGUUUGGUAUUGGAACUGCAAAGAGCAACAAGUACGGUUUCAUAGCUGUGGCUCGGUACAGUCCUCGUGGAAACAGAGGGGGACCCGCCAUUUUUAAAGACAAUGUUUUUCCUCCGGGAACCAUUUCAGACCCGACAGCUUCAGUCAAUACUUCUACCCAGUCCCCUCCAACGCCCACUAGGCCAGGGACUCUUCUUAUGAACGACGCGACUGCUGCCGCUACCCCUGCAUCAGGCGGAGGUAGCAUCCCCACUCCACUGCCUUCGGCCACUUCACCAAACACUGGUGUGCCGAAAAACGGCAGCGCUACUGUUUUUCCGCCAACUCGAGAACCACCCGGUCCUGCACCGAAAAAUAACUCUCAGUGCCAAUAUUUUGUGGUGAACAGUACGACCUCCACUUAUGCCGUUGUUCAAAAAUGUCGUGGUAGACCUAACGUCACCUUAAUUCCCGAAGGGAAUAUGACAACUCCCAAACCAGAACAAUCUACGGGAAUAACAACAACUCAAACAGUCCCAACAACAGCGCAACCAGAAACAUUAACGACAACAAAAACCACGGCUGGUUCACAAUCAACAAAAACCACUGCCCCGACCACUGGAACAUUAAAACCAGAAUCAACAACAGCUACAACUGUUAGUCCUGAGGUAACGACGGACGAAACAACCAUGACCGCUACCACAAAACCUGAGCUAAUAACUACACAAACAACCACAACCACGCUGAAACCAGAACAGACAUUCCCAACUUCCUCACUGUCACUAACCCCACCAGAAACAACGGCAAGUACAACUACGACGAGUAGUUCAGAGAUCACAACAUCAAAACCAACGACUACGCCUCCUCCACAACAAUUUCCGGCAACUACGCCUGCACAGACAACACCAACUACAGGAACCACGAUGAAACCAGAUCUGACCACCACUUCAUCUACACUAAAUUCUGAGUCCACAACUACAACUGGGACACCCACAACUAAGAAUCCUCCACAAACGUUUCCUGAACAGACAACACCUACCCCAGGAACCACUUUAAAACCACAGAUGACAACUGCUUCCUCGACAGCGGGCCCAGAACAAACAACUUUGACUACGACUACCACAAGUAAUCCUCCACAGCAAUUUCCAACAACACCUGUACAGACAACAUCAACAUCUGAGACAACAACAAAACCAGAAUUAACAAAACCGUCAUCCACGGGAAGCCCUGGAGAAACAGUACCCACAACUACUCCUCCUCAACAGUUUCCGACAACAGCUGCACAGACAACGCCAACGACUGUAACGACUACAAAGCCAGAGUUGACGUCACAAACGAUUUCAUCUGCUAGUAAACCAUCAGGAUUAUCAACCACCGCAUCCACAGAAAUAACAACAAGUCAAGGGGCAACAACACCGACUGUAACAACAUCAACAGGUAAAACAACAGCCAGACCAACAACAAAACCUUCCACUUUAUCCAGUGCUCAAACAACAACUGGUACUACGUUGUCAACAUUGACAUCAACAACAACAGUAGGACAAGAAACAACGAAACCCACAACAAAACCAGGGAUAACAAAUAUUACGACAACACAAACGACCAAAUCUACGGUUACAACAGGUACAGAAUGUCACUGCAAGACUGGAGAAGGACACGGUCCAAAGCCUACCUCAGUCCCACUGACGACGAAGCCUCUGCCUUUAAACCCAUGCGAGCCAAAUCCUUGCAAGAACGGUGGCACCUGUGAAGUAAAGGAGGGCAAUGCCACCUGUACGUGUCCUGAGGGAUACUGGGGUCCUCUUUGUCAAGAUAGAGGCCCCAAUGCUGAUGAAAGUAAAGAUGCGUUGAUGCUUCACAACAUGUACAGAGCAAUGCACCAGGCCCCGUUGUUAACUUGGAACAAGGAAAUGGCAGCAAAAGCGCAGGACUGGGCCGACAAAUUAGCCAGAGAACAGAGACUUAUACAUGAGAACGAGAGUGCGACUGAUUAUGGUGAAAAUCUGGCCGAGGUUGGCAGUGAUGAUAAGGCAUUACUGCGGGCAAUUGAUGCAUGGUACACCGAAGUGGGACUGUACAACUUUAAAGAGCCUAAAUUUUCAAAGGACAGUGGCCAUUUUUCACAGUUGGUUUGGGGUGCUUCAAAUGAGCUUGGAAUGGCAAAGGCAAAAACCAAAGACAACUUAAAUGUGUACGUGGUGGCGCGAUACAAACCAGCCGGAAACGUAGUCAAUCUGUUUGAAUCAAAUGUAAAGCCUAAACAGUAAGAUUUACGACUAAAAAGAAACUUUAACUUUCUCUCAAUAACUUUUUAUGGAAGAAAAUCUGAAUAGGGCGAUGUUAGCUGUAAAUGCAGAUGA